AUGGCUGCCGCGUACGUCGUCUACCUGCUUCAGCAGCAGCGCGACGCGGAGCGGAAUCUACGGCAGCAACGUGUGUUCCGUACUCCUCGGACACUCGACACCAUCGCCGAUAACCAUCUGGCGAGGUACUACCGUCUCCCGAGGCCUGCCAUGGAGACACUCUGCGAGGCGCUCGCACCUGCGCUCCGCCGUCCGACGGCUCGGAACUGUGCGCUCCCCGUGGACGCCCAAGUACUACUGGCGCUUCGCUUCUAUGCAAGCGGCAGUUUUCAGUCGGUCGUGGGCGACGUGGGGAAUAUGAGCCAGACGAGUGCUUCGCGCAUUAUAAACUCGGUCAGCAGCGCGCUCUGCAACUUUGCUGAAAAAGGGAUCAAGUUCCCCGUGACUCCGCAGGCAGCAAUGCGUACUGCACGCGGCUUUGCGGAAAUCAAUGGAUUCCCCAAGGUGCUGGGGUGCAUCGACGGCACGCACAUCGCCCUCAAGAUUGCGAAGAAGGACCAGAACAUCUACCGAAACAGGAAAGGAUACGACUCCCUGAAUGUGCAAGCGGUCUGCAAUGCGUCGAACGAAGUCACACAGCUCACAGUGAAGUGGCCGGGGAGCACGCAUGACAGUUUUAUGUGGCGCAACUGCGACUUGUCGGAGAAGUUCGAGGCUGGGGGCAUGCCCGAUGGCUGGUUGCUGGAGUAA